GCGUGGCCGGCAAAUCGGGGCAAGGAGGGAGCGCCGGCUGAGAGGAGAGGCGGCGGCUCUUCCCGCGGGCAGAGGGCGGGCUGCCUGGACGGAAGGAAGGCAAAACAAGGCAGGCGCGGGGCUUCACCGGGGAAGAAGGGAGCAACAGCGAUGGAGGAGCAGAGGCGUGUGGUAAUCAAAGAAGAAGAGAGAACCGAGAGUGGGGGAAGAGAGCCUUUCAUUGUCCAAGUCAGGACCAUUGGGGACUCUUUGACCGGGGCUGGCCCAUCCCACAUUAAGAUGGAGUCACAGGAGGAAAUCCACCAACGCUGGGAUUUUCAAUGGCAGGAAUUCUUGAAAAGAGUGGCAGCGCUCCCCGCCGCUCUGCCUCCCUUGGACGACGAUGCCAGGGGUUUCCAGGUCCCCUGGGGGAGAAUUAAGGAAAAUCCUCCCGGGGAGAGUUCUGGGGAAGCCAGAGGGGAAUCCGUGCUCCAAAAGGAUCCGAACAUCAGUGGGAAAGCUUGGAUGGACAGGGAGAAGCUGGAUUUCUGCAUGAAGGUGAAGGUGGAAGAGUCCCUAGAGGAAGUUGACCUGGGGAGCCAGUGGCCCCUGCAGCUCAGGCAGUUCGGUCCGCAGGAUGCUGAGCAGCACCAGGAGAUACCUUCCAAGAGAAAACACCCUGUUUCAGCUGAAGCGAGUAGCAAGAAGCAAAGGAAAGCCAUCGAUCUCAAUUUGAAGAUGAAGAUCAUCAAAGCGUACGAGGCCGGGAAGAAGGUGACUAAAAUAGCGCGAGAGGUAGGCCUGGCCCACUCCACCAUCUCCACCAUUUUGAAGGAUAAAGCGAGGAUCAGAGAGGCGCUAAAAGGAGCAGCUGGCAUGAACACAAGUAUAACAAGGCAACGAAAAGGCCUCAUCCACGAAAUGGAGAAACUCCUCAUCCUCUGGAUUGAAGAUCGGAUACAGAAGAGGCUGCCGGUGAGCCUCCUCCUCAUUCAGAAUAAAGCGCGCAGCAUUUUCUUAAUGCUGAAGGAACAAACGGGCGAGGAGUGCACCGAAAUAUUCACAGCCAGCCACGGCUGGUUUAUGCGAUUCCAGCAAAGAUUUCAUUACCAGAAAACGCACCCGUCAGGUGAUGCAGUGAGGGCCGACGAAGAAGCUGCCAGACACUUUCUGAAUGAACUCGAUGGGAUCAUAGCGGAAGGGAACUAUUUCGCGGAACAGAUAUUCAGAGUGGACGAAACUGGGUUGUAUUGGAAAAGAAUGCCGGAGCGGACCUACAUACACAGAGAAGCCCAAGCAAUGCCUGGGUGCAAAGCAUUCAAGGACAGAGUAACCUUACUCUUGGGUGGAAACGUCGCCGGAUUCAAGCUGACGCCAUUCCUGAUCCUUAAAUCAGAUCACGCCUCUCACGCCAUUCCUGAUCCUUAA